UGCAGAUGAGCUUAAAAGGGCGUGGAGUUUUCCAGGGCGUAUAUAAAGGACCUCCACCGGUGCCAAUGCAUACCAUUCGGUCCUCUGUAGCCUUUGGUGCUGAAAGGAUUUCGGAGACCGCAGCAGAGGAGUCGCCAUGAACUGCUUAGUUUUGCUGUGUACGGUGGUGGCAGGAGCCAGUGCCGCUAACUUUUACCGAGGUAUCAUUGGACAUUCUGGAAUCGUCAAUUACGAUGGCAACAAUGUCCAGUUUACUCCCGAACAAGCAGACAACAUCGUCUUAGUCGGACCCUCCGGAGUUGUGACCAGAGACGGAAAGAACAUGCAGCGCCUUCCUGACGAGCACAGAGCCAAGAGAGACGUUGGUUUCGUCAACAACAAGGGCAGCUUCGGCCUCUCUGGAGUAGUGAGGACUGACGGCACCAUCGAAGCCUUCUCUGCUGCGGACACUGACAACAUCGUGCUGAUUGGACCCUCUGGCGUUGUCACUAAAGACGGCCAAAACUGGCAACUCGAUGAGAACUUGCACAUCCGCCGUUCCAAGAGACACCUGAUUGGCGAAUCCGGAAUGAUCACCAGGGACGGCACUCAAAUUCAAUUCAAGGAACCUGGGGUCAAGGUCAUCCUCGAGGGCCCCUCUGGCCUUCUGUUGUCUGACGGUACCCAAGUGCAGCUCCGGUCCAAGAGAGCCACUAACGCCUUCGGCCACACCUACGGCGACUCUGGUAUCAUCACCAAGGAUGGAAAGCAGUACCAGCUACCCCAUGGAGUAUCUGUUCUGAUUGCUGGUCCAUCCGCCGCUGUUCUCUCCAACGGAGAAAUUAUCAAUUUCUAAACUGAAAGAUCAGUCCUGACUUCAAGCAGUUUCUUUUAGUUGCCUUAUCUUAUCUUCUCUUCAAAUGUAAGACAUAAUUCAAAUUCUGUACAGAUUUUUCUGUAAAUAAUGUAAAAAAUAAAGCAAUAAAAAAUUUCUCAUACAAUA